AUGUCAAAAACCGUACGUCCCACUUCGAUGCUGUACCGCCGCCCCUCGCAAGAAGCCCUCCUCCCCCGACCGCUAUCGACAUCAGCGGCUCCAGGAUGGGGAUCGAGCAGUACGGUAGACACCAUCCACCUUGAAGACAGUAUGGAGACGCUUGUCUCGGCCCCGCUAAAGUCGAAUGAGGAGUCUCGUCAGUCGUACGAGCAGGACCAGCUAGACUUCAGCAGAGCCCGGAACAGCGUCGGCGGAGAGGUGUAUGGUCGACCGUACUCCGCUGCAGUGGGGUGGAACUCAAGCACGACUCUUCGAGCGAGCUCAUCUUUCGGAUCCUUGAAAGCAAAGGUGGAGCAGUCGGACUAUCCAGGGGGCGGUCUGGCGGAAGGUGGCGGACCGUACAAACAGCCAGACACGAGAGCCAUACGGAUCAGGUAUGCCUUGAUGUUCUGGCACGCCACAAUCUUGGUCGCCAAGCUCACUCUGACCAUCUAUAUCCGCGAUUCUCUCAUGGUGAUCCUGCUCGCGAUGGUUACUGUCGCGUUCAUCAUCUACAUUCCUACAGCCUUCGGACUCAGUCUCGGAAGAAAGGGAAGCCAUUUCGAUCAUGCAGGCGGUGAAGUGGCGUACCUUGUCGUUCAGGCUGUUCUUUGGCUUGCAUCGGCUUACUGGGCAUUCGACUAUAUCGCCGGUACAGACUGCCAUCAGACCCGAGACUGGUUUCAAGGAGGCGAGUACGCCGGGACAUGGGACGAUAUGGCGAUGUGCAAGUGCCAGGGCGCAUCUGGCGUCUUGUCGCUCGUGCAUACGAUGCUGAUGUUGGGAUGGGCGGGCUGGGUGGUGUUCAUUGUUGUGAAGAGGGGAAAGGCUGAACCGGGACACCACGGGGUGAGGAGGUGUUUCCAAAUAUCGACCCAUUGGUUGAUGCGAGGAUGGGCGGUGACGGGUGGCGUAUCUGGCCCUCCAUAUUGA